AUGGUGCGAUAUAAAAAUAGAUACAUAACAAUACAGGUAUCUUAUAAAGAUAAUUCCGACAGAAUUUUAAAUUUAAAGACCACAGCUUUGCACGAUGCUAUUCAAAAGAAAGUAUCGGAAAUGUAUGGAGAUUUUGGAUUAGCUGCAAUUAAAGCAGGAUUUAGCGCUAAAUAUUGUAAUAGCCAUACCAAAAUAGCAUUAAUCAAAAUUCGACAUGGACCACAUAAGUUUAUAGUCGACGUUAUUCCUCAUAUAAUCGAUGUUGGAGGCAAAUUUGUUUCUGUGAAAAUCAUAUAUAUUGGAGCUACCAUGAAACAUUGUUUUUUAUUUAUUAAGAGAUAUCAGCAGAAAAAAUUAGAGUCAAUGUGGCAGAGUAUGCCAACUGACCAAGAGAGAAAAAACCUUGAAAAAGCCUUAAUGACAAUGAAUCGUGAUAUGAAGGAUUUCAUUUGAUGUAUCUAAUAUAAGUCUAUUAUAACAAUAACAACAACAACAACAACAACA